CUAUUGUAGUUGUGGCAUGGACUUGAUCUUUGUUGUGAGCUAUGUAUAACGAAGACCGGAAGACUAAAACUAGUACAUUUCGUAAGUGGUUUAAAAGAAAGAACAAGAGAGCUGGAGCAAAUCACUGGAAUGAAAUUUCAGACGAGAGUGAAGAUGAAGUUUACGAUAACCUGGAUGAUGUAUUUGUUCGGUCAACGGAGAUUGAUCCGUGCAUUUCAACUAACGAGUUAAGAAUUUUUGUUGGUACCUGGAAUGUUGCUGGAAGGUCUCCAGUGGGAAGCCUAGCAGUAGAUUUGGAUGAGUGGUUGAAUCUCAAGGAUGCAGCUGAUAUGUAUGUUCUCGGAUUUCAAGAGAUUGUACCUUUGAGAACUAGAAAUGUGAUAGGAGCAGAAGACCCAACAGAAGCAACAAACUGGAACAUGCUUAUAGGAAAGACUCUAAACGAUAAAUAUGGGUGCCCAUGGUUGACGCCCAUGAUAAAACCAAUCUCCAGUGACAACUACCAUUACAUGAAGGUCUCUGAUACUGGAAGGAGAUCAAGUUUUAGUGGCUAUUCUGGAAUCCAAAUGCGAGAGAAGUUAGGGACACAGCAUGAUUUAUAUGGGGGCAGCAAGUACAAGCUAAUGGCGAGCAAAAAAAUGGUUGGAGUGUUUAUAAGUGUAUGGAUGAAGAAGGAAUUGUUGAGGAAGUAUUGCAUUUCAAAUGUGAAAGUUUGUUCAGUUGCUUGUGGCAUCAUGGGUUAUUUGGGGAACAAAGGCUCAGUUUCAGUUAGCAUGUCCAUAGAAGGAACAAGCUUUUGCUUCAUUGCUGCCCAUUUAGCUUCUGGUGAGAAAAAGGGUGAUGAAGGCAGAAGGAAUCACCAAGUCUCAGAGAUUUUUAGGCGAACUACUUUUCUUCGAUCCCCUAAAGAUGAUGAUAAUCCUCAUCCUCUCACCAUCUUAGGACAUGAUCGGAUAUUCUGGUUUGGUGAUCUUAACUACAGAUUGUACUUGGAAGACAGUUUAGCUAGAUAUUUGAUAAAGCAGAAUGACUGGAAAGCAUUGCAAGAGUUUGAUCAGCUCCGAAAGGAACUAGAAGAUGGUGGAGUAUUUCAAGGUUGGAGAGAGGGAAAUAUAAAAUUUGCACCUACAUACAAGUAUUCUUCAUCAAAUUGUAAUCGGUACUCAGGGGGGCUCCCAAGCAGAACAGGAGAAAAGCAACGAACCCCGGCAUGGUGUGACAGGAUACUAUGGUACGGAAAAGGAGUGAAACAACUUUCCUAUUUUCGCAGCGAAAGUAAAUUCUCUGAUCAUCGUCCUGUUUCUGCUCUAUUUUCUAUACCAGUAGAAAUCAUGAAGCCUACAAAUUCAAAGGUCGUUCUGAUGGAGAAAAUUCUUCCCACUAUAACACCUCCAGGAGAAAUUGAGCCAAGCAAUAGUAAUGAAGAGUCCAAAUCAUCAACCUUGCUAUCACUAAUAGCAAAAGAUAAAGAAGCAUCACCUACAAAUGCAAAACUAUAGCUGAAACAGAGGAAAGGAUGUGCAGCUAAGCGUCUGGAGUUUGAAUUAUUGUGCAUCUGCAGGAUGGCUUUCUGGUGAUAUACCAUUUUCUAGAAAUCUUCUUUCCUGCAUUUUUUUCACCCAUUGCUUUGGGGUCUCAAAAUGCAACUCUUAUUGACUAUUAUAAGCGAAAGAAAAGUGAUUAGAUGAAUGUAAUUAGCUUUGUUAUCAACUAAGUUGUUUAUGACUUUCAAUUAAGAGGAAUUUCUAUAA